AUGGCAUUUGCAAAUGUUUCGCAAGAUGUAACAGCAAUUAAUCAAAACAAAAUUACUGUUGAGACAAUACAGAUUAUAAAAAAAGCAGCUGAACUGAUACUGCAUUGCGAUGCCAUUUUGUUUACUAGUGGUGCUGGAAUGGGUCUACCUUUAUUGCAACAUCCGGAAUUGGAUUUUACUAAAAUGAGUACUCCACGUUGGUUUAGAAAGGAUCAAGGCAAUAGUGACAAACAUGAUAUGGCUAAUUUUGGUUAUGCAUUUUGGGCUUUCCGAUACAGCGCUUACACAUCAGCUACUCUUCACUUGGGUUAUUCUAUUGCUAAAAAAUGGAGUAAAUUAAGUCAAGUAAAAUGGUCAUUUAGUUUUACCAGUAAUAUCGAUGGACACUGGAUAAAGUCAGGCUGGAAGGAUCGUCAGUCCUUGAAUGUCAUGGUUCCAUUGACUAUAUGCAAUGCGUCAGCAGGUGUCGUGAUCGGAUAUGGCCUACAAAUAACGCGUUAA